AUCGCAAUGAAGUUGGUAUCGCCCGAUCGCAAUGGAUCCCGACGAGGUUUUCUGAAUAAUGCUUUCUUCAUCCUUCUGAUAUUGCUUGUCGCUUUAGUAUCGGGACAAGAUGAAUAUAGUCAGGCUGACUUGGAGGCUAUGACAGAGGCCGAAUUGGAAGACAUAUGUAUAAAACGAGGCUUUCAAUUGGUAAAUGAAGAUUCAGACGAGCUAACAAAACAGGAUUACGUUGAGGCAGCACAAAGAUGUCUUGCUAUCGAGCAAGAAAUGUGAGUUCAGAUGGUCGCUAUAUGUUCAAUACACUUCAUCCUUUUUGCAUUCUUUGGGUUAUGCUGAAAACAAUUUUUUCAUUCAAAUGUUUCUAUUCCAGGAACGAGCUCUUAACACAGUACCCUGAGCUAGCAGACGAACUCGAGGAAGAAAUAAAGAGGAUGGAACGAGAAAACGCCGAAAAACAAGCCAUCGUGGACGGAUUAGAAAAUCAAAUAUCAGACGACGCAGAAAAGGGUAGACCGGCUCCAGGUACGGCAUUUCAUCGAGAAGCUAUCCUGGAGGAUGAGGAAAAUAAUCAUGCCGUUGGCAGUGGAGUUGGAGACGACGAGCUAGAAAUUUCCGAGGAAACCCUCGUAGAUGAGGUGGUAGUUGAUUCUAUGUCUGGAGAAGAAACCACAUUACACGACACAACAUUGACCGAUGAAGAGAAGUCUUCUGGUUCUCAAACGGAAACCAAUCUUGACGAGGCACAGGAUGACGAUUUCGUAGAUACACAAACGGUGACAGAUGCGACUCCCGAUGCAGGAACGCAAAUCGAAGCACCCAACAACUCAGCAGGGAAAGAAGAUUUGACGAUGACAAAUCUGGCGAUCGAGAGUUUGCGGGUCCUCGUGAAAAACGCAAAAGACGACGUUAGGCGAAUCAUCAAUCUGGCGAUUCCUGUAUUGCAGCCUCUGUUGAAUGCCGGAGAUGUUGCCUGGCAACAAAUGAAAUCGUUGUUUCUAAGAGCUCGCGAGGCUUACGAGGCCUACCAAGCGACAAACACUGCACCGAUCGAAGGAUCGGAGGUAGCCGACACGUGCGAUGACUCCAUCCCUGCUUAGAUUGCAUCCGAAUUAUUAUUGUUGAUGUUCCCGGUCUUUAGAACAACAACUUCAGGCAUUACACUUUUCUCA